AUGACCGGGGCUCUGCUGUAUACCGUGGCCAUGUUGUUAAUUGAGUACUACCAGUACAACACGGUGACAACGACCGACGUGAAGAUCACUGAAUGGGCCACUUUCCCCUCCGUCACCUUGUGCAACACUUGUCCCUUCAAGAAUGUGGACGCCAGAAGCGACACAGCUAUUUUUAAGUUGGCAGCUAGUGUCUCAGACCUGAAAUCUAGCGCCUUCCAGGUCAACAACUCAGACCCUGAGAUGGAAGCUCUGAUGGCCACGGACAUCCUGGACCUACAAUACAAGUAUGUCUACACGGCCGAGGACCUGUUCUUGCGGGCCCAGUACGAGAGGAAAGACAUCAACAUAUCAGACGCAUUUGAGGUGAUCGAGACUUCGAUGGGUCGCUGCUUCACGUUCAACGGUCCGGAAUACAUCUUCAAAAACGGACCAAGAGUGGCCACCCAGGACGGGCGAGAGUCCGGACUUCGAGUUUAUGCCCGCCUCAAUCAGGACAAGUAUUUUAUAUUUCGUGAUUUGACUGCGGGGAUACGAUACACAUUCCAGCCGGCGCCUUACAGAUCGUAUGGCGAUGACUAUUGUGAAGUCACCGAGACUAAAGAUCUGCGUCACAAAAUGGUCAACGCUUCGUUUUACAGUUACAACAGUUGCCUAGAACAGUGCCUUAGUUACAGAGCCUCGCUCAAUUGUUCCUGUUACACCCAUUUAUUCCUGAAACCUGAGAGCUGCGACUGCCCUCGUCCUUGCUCGUUCACCUUGUUCGACACCACCAUGUCAGCCUCUCAGAUGCCGUCCAGUGUCUCGGCCGAGUACCUGCGGGAGGUGGCCAACGCUACCAGUACGCCAGAUCUCAGGGAGGACUACUUGGAGAUUCGGGUCUUCCUGGAGACGAUGAUGUUCAAACACGAAAAACAUGAUCCUCACUUUUCUUGGAGGACAGAUGGGUUUCUUUGUGGGAGCAAGCCUGAUCACGCUAGCCGAACUGCUGGAAGCCAUUGUCCUGUCCGUAUUCGUCUUUAUCCACAAGCUACUGAGAAUGGGCCAGGUUUCUUCCACUUCUCAAGUCAAACCGACGAAAUCUUAACUCUAAUGGUGGAUACAGACCACUUUAUUCAUUCCACCUCAAUUCAUCAAAUGUCGAUUAGUUACUGA